UUUAUUUAUGAUUUAUUGCAUUCAUCCAAAAAUGCCCAAUGUUUUCCGCUCGAUCCAUGAACCCAUUUAGCACUCGGCGAUGGGCACUCAGCCAUUUCUAAUUUCGAAACUUAAACGAUGAAAUCGAUUGAACGAUUAUGAUAGAGAGCCAGAUGCGAAAUUAUCCAUGAAACGACACUCAAUACAUGGAAUCAUUAUAUUUCGGUCGCACAUUGUGUGUGUGUGUGUGUGUAUGUGUUGACCUUUAAAUGUCUCUUUCAACGGGCACUGUGUUACACAUUGAUUAACAUCUGAAUGUUGGGACUCUGUGCAAAUCCCGUGAGACGAUCGGUAUAAUUAAAAAAACUGAUUUGUGUUGUAAUCAAACUCAUUAAAAUCAUUAGGGGGGUUUGUAUACAAAUGUCGUCAUUCGACGUUAUGAUCGUUUGCAUGGCGCAUGCCAUUCAACUGAAAAAUUAUACGAUUGAUAACGAUCGGAAAAAAGGCCGUGAUUCGGAAAUUCGGAAUUAUCAUGCCGAAAAUUGUUGAUUCGACGAGAGGAUAUUCAGUUAGACAUUCGACAUGGACAGCAAAGCAAUCACUUGCACUGAAGACCUGAAAAACCGAUUUCGGUCACUUAAACACUCACCGCGAAAUCGGACAAUGCAACGCAUUGUAAAUAUAUCGAGAUGGGUGCUUGUCGUUUUAGCCAUUAUUUUGGCCGUUCUUCUUAUCGCCUACAAUUUUGUCUUUCAAAAUUAUGAAGUGAUCGGCGAGAGUUUGGAAUGCGAAACAAAUACACCGUUUAAAUUCAAUUAUACGUGCAAAUUUGAUGUGAUCGACAACACUACGCAAUACUGGUCAUUUGAAAGCAUACUUCCCGAUGGAUUCUCCCUCCCUCACAUGAUGGCACGUGUCAGUACAUAUCAUUGGAGUCAUGGCGAGUAUAAAGCAGUAAUUUUCAAAAAUACAACCAUCGAUGUGUGCGAAUAUUCGGGCGGACAAUUUUCAAAGCUAUUCAUUUCCAUUUUCCUGCCUGAAAUGAUUACGAAGAGUAAUUUAAAUACUCCGUGCCCAUUUUCGGGUGCACUUUACAUGCGGAACUUCCAAUUCAGCCAGAGUUUAAAGCUGCCUCGCAUUGUGCCUGGAAAGUGGUUGCUUGAAUUUCAAUUCUACGUGGAAGAAUACGAGGAGCUAACAUUUACAGUAAAAAUUCAUCUUGAGGUGAAACCAAUUGGCUGGCAUCUGUUCGAGUUUGAUUUAAAUUGAAUCCAUUUUUUUUUCUUCAAAAAUUUAUUUGAUGUUCUCAAAAAUAUAUUGAAUCAUAAUUUUUCCAUUUAAAAAUUCAAUAAAA